CUGAACUGCUCCGAGUUUCAAGUUCAGGUCGUUUCAGCUAGUCCGACGUCGUCGUUGGACUCCUCAAUACUCAUUUUACUAGCACCAACUGUCUCAAUAUGGCACCGGCCGUGCCCAAGAAAGCCCAAAAACUUGGGCGUGCCCUCAAAUCCGCAGCCCGCUUCCCGGGCCGUGGUAGCGGUCGAAACCACUACUCUCCCUCCCCAGGCGAACAACCAGUCGUCUUCCUUCGCGUUCAAAUCAUUGGUUGUCUCAGCCUCGCUAGGGCUCGAAAUGGCGCACAAGCAAAGGAGGGCGACCUCAAUCCUUUGGUCGUUGUCUCCCUCCUCAACAAUCGACACCAUACUCCUGUCCUCAAACGCACUCCUAACCCGGUCUAUGCUGCUAAAGACGCAACUUUCGACUUUCCUAUCUAUCUGUCUCUUGCUGAUAGGCUAGGGUCCGUCGAACUAGUCGUCUGGGACAAGGAUACCUUGAAGUUGAAGAAGGAAUACGUCGGAGAAGUCGCACUCACUCUCGAGUCCUGGUUUAGGGAUGGUGAUGGCGAUGGCAACAAUAGCCUAGGUUUCGCAAGUGAAACUAAUCGGCCACACUCUGUAAAUCUAGUUUCGACACGUGCGAACACGCACGCAUCUGGAAUGGCGGUAGUCAAACUCGGUUUCGUUGCACCCCCUGGUGCACAGUCUCCAAUGGCUUUUGAGCGAGUCUUUGCUGAACUCGUAAAGCGAUCCCGCCCGAGUCUCGUUUCUGCCCCUCCAACAGAAGGCAUCGGCACUCUACCAUCUCAUUUGACAGGCCCAGCAUAUGAAGAUGAUGGUGGAAUCAGUUCUGAUGAAGAAGACCAAGAUGAUGACGACGUUGUAGAGGAAGGAGAAGAGGAAGAGGAAGGCCUUGUCCUCCACCUCUCCAAUCUUUACCUAUCUCCAUCUCGCCUACAAGAUCAGACUCACGAGCACCGAGAACCCGAGAUAGCAUGUCCCACACCGGUGCCCUACGAUCUACCGCGCCUUCAUCUUCCUUCCCCGAUACCCUCCCCUGUCCAAUCCGAGGGACAGGAGCCUGGGACUGCGCGUCCGUUACCUCCUGUUCCAACCACUACACCUAUCACAACUGCGCCUGCUAUGUCCAGCACCACGCCUUCUUCGAAAAGCAGACUCCCAAAACUUUUUCCUCGCCGUCCCAAUCUCCUCACUUCACCAUCCUACGACGCGCAUGCUCCUCCCUCGGGUCGCUUGCAUCGACGGUCUGUGAGUGCGGGUGCUAUCACUCCUCUCCCCUCUCCCGUAUCUCCAGGUCCUUCUAGUGCCGUCUAUCCGACACAGAAAAAGAUAUUCCGAAAAUCUUGGGCAAGCAAAAAGGUAGACUACAACUUUACUGCCUCAAACUCGAACGACAUAGUCGGGAUCGUGAUGCUUGAGAUACAAGGCGCGGCUGAUUUGCCUAAGCUGAAGAACAUGACCCGCACCGGCUUUGACAUGGACCCUUUCGUAGUGAUCUCUUUCUCCAAAAAGAUCUUUCGUACACGUAUCAUCCGGCACUCCCUCAACCCCACCUGGGAUGAGAAACUCCUCUUCCACGUACGUCGAUACGAGACGUCAUUCAAGGUCCAAAUGACAGUCCUGGACUGGGACAAACUAUCGAGCAACGACCAUGUGGGCGAUGCAUGGUUGGACGUCGGCGAACUGGUCAGAGACGCGCCGCAGCCCGAUCCGCGGACAGGAUUGUAUGCAGAUGUGUGCGGGGAGAACAACGCGGAAGGAAGUGGAGAAGGAAAGGAUAUGAAGCAGUUUUGUUUGCCCUUAACGACGGCGAAAGAGAUGGCUUGGGAGGCGAAGCAUAAUCCUACCAUUUCCUUCCGUGCAAAGUUCCAGCCCUAUGCCGAGCUUCGUCAGCGAUUCUGGGCACAAUAUCUGAAGCAGUACGAUACGGAUGAUACUGGUGCCAUAUCGCACGUGGAGCUCACGUCCAUGCUUGAUUCUCUUGGUUCUACACUCUCUGCACAGACUAUAGACUCCUUCUUCACUCGUUAUCGCAAACGACCCGCAGAAGACGAACUAACCUUUGAAGAAUCAAUUCAAUGUCUAGAAACAGAGCUCAUCCGACCAACAUGCGAGAAGAAGAGGAUCGACACAAUAGACACCUUCAUGGACAGAGAUAGUUCUGCGUCUGCAUCGGAAUCUAUCACGCCUGGAGAAGAACUCGGAUUAAACCUAGCGUUUGGACGACCGUUCUUGGGCGGCCUGGAUUUCUCAGGUCCGCCCUUGAGCGCGAUAUUUGCGGAUGAGUCACCUACGGAUUUAGGAAAGUCGUUUGCGACAGAGUCGAGUGAUAGGCCGUUAUUGAGCGUCGGUGUCCCGGAACAUUCGCCCGCGGCAUCGACGUCUGGUGGAUCUACAUCCAAUAACGCGAGGCAGGACUCCGCUUCGUCGUCUGACCCCGACGAUGUAACUUCAGCGCAAGUGUCUUCCUCAGACACCUUUGAGCGGGUUAUCAAUAUCAAGAAUUGCCCGUUGUGCCAUCGACCACGAUUGAACUCAAAAGCGGAGAUGGACAUUAUCACGCAUCUGGCUAUAUGCGCUAGUCAGGAUUGGGCGAAGGUGGACAGGAUUGUGGUGGGGAAUUUUGUGACUGCGAGUCAGGCACAAAGGAAGUGGUAUACGAAGGUUAUUUCUAAGGUGUCGAAUGGGAAUUAUAGGAUUGGAGCUAACUCGGCGAACAUCAUCGUGCAGAAUCGGAUGACGGGGCAGUUGCAGGAAGAGAAGAUGCAAGUAUAUGUUCGGCUUGGCAUUCGGUUAUUGUAUAAGGGUGCCAGAGGAAGGAUGGAAGGCGCACGAGCUCGUCGCCUUCUCAAGUCGUUAUCCAUCAAACAAGGCGCCAAGUACGACUCACCAGAAUCUGCUCGCGAUAUCCAAAGUUUCAUCGAGUUUCAUGGGCUUCAAGUCGAUGAGAUCUUGGAGCCGAUCAGUUCUUUCAAAACCUUCAACGAUUUCUUUUACCGUAAACUCAAACCCUCCGCUAGACCCACCGAAAGCCCCGACGACUCCCGUCGCCUUGUCAGUGCCGCCGACUGUCGCCUCAUGGUAUUUGAAACCGUUUCCGAAGCUACAAAGCUCUGGAUCAAAGGCCGCGAGUUCAGCAUUGCAAGAUUACUGGGCGAUGUGUACCGCGAUGAGGCGGAGAGAUACGUGGGUGGGCCUCUGGCGAUUUUCAGACUCGCACCUCAGGAUUAUCAUCGGUUCCAUGUUCCUGUGGAUGGGAGGAUUGGGGAGAUGAGGGAUGUGAAGGGGGAGUAUUAUACUGUGAACCCCCAAGCGAUUCGGAGUGCAUUAGAUGUCUAUGGAGAGAAUGUGAGGAAGAUCGUACCUAUUGAUAGUCCACAGUUUGGACGGGUCAUGGUGGUUUGCGUUGGUGCGAUGAUGGUGGGGAGUAUCAAGAUAACUGUUAAAGAGGGGGAGGAUGUCAAGCGCGGUCAAGAGCUUGGAUAUUUUGCUUUUGGGGGCUCGACGAUUGUCGUUUUAUUCGAGCGGGGAACAGUAGAAUGGGAUGAGGAUCUGGUGAUUAAUGGGAGAGCGUGUUUGGAGACGUUGGUCAGAGUGGGGAUGGGGAUUGGAACUUGCAGGCGGAAUGGCUCAAGUCAUAGUGGUAGGGCAUGACCUUGUGUGCUUGCAUCGCAUGGGGGGCAGAUCAAGAAUUGCGGAGAUACUAGUGUACGCGAUCAUUGACUUAUAGUUGGUUAUUAUCUACAGUAUUGACUAGGAAUUGUACAUCUUGUGGGGCAAUCAUUUAAUUUCAUAGCUUCCGUCGUGGAGCACGAGCUCGUGAUAUUUCCAU